ACGUCCCUACACAUAAACCACAAGUCAUCACUACUAAACCUCGAACAACAAUAUCCACUAUCUUUUAACUUUCCACUACAUUAUAAUAUUCUUGCAAUUACUCAUCAAAUAUGGAGAGAGUAAGCAGAAUGGUUGCUGAAAAGCCUGUGGUGAUCUUCAGCAAGAAUUCUUGUUGCAUGAGCCACACCAUUAAAUCUCUCUUCUGUGAUCUCGGCGUACAUCCAUCAGUUCAUGAGCUUGAUGAGAUGCAGAGAGGCCGAGAGAUCGAAGCUGCCCUCUCUAGGCUCGGCUGUAAUCCUACAGUUCCAGCAGUGUUCAUCGGUGGUGAACUCGUUGGCGGUGAAAAUGAAGUCAUGAGUCUUCAUCUUCAACGCUCCUUAAAGCCAAUGCUUAAAAGGGCGGGAGCUCUAUGGGUUUAAUUACUAUAUAUAUUCAACUACAAUAACAAUAAUAAUAAUAAUAACGCGAUGAGCUAGCGUGGAAGAAUAAUAAUAUAAGCUAGAGGUGAACAUUAAUAAGUUACUUUUAGCAUAUAAAAAAAAGCAUGUGUAUGUAAUUAUUAUGUAUAAAGAGUGAGUAGUAGCCUAGUGAUUUCUUCAUGAGCUAACUAAAUAUUUUAUUUUAUAUAAAUAUGGUGUACUUAUAAAUAAUUAAUGUGUUCACUUCUAGUAACCCCAGCUUCUCUUUUCUUUUUUUGUAUUGUAAGCUGUGAUCUUUUUUAGCGAAUAUAUAAAAUAGUGGCUUCUACUUU